CCUGCCAUUAACGACGUUACUUUUCGUGAGCUCGAAAUACUCAUGAAUACACUUUCUGGCUUUGUCCCUCCUGUAGCCAAGGCCCUGAAAGAACGCCGAUUGAUACUGGCCGAAACCGGACAGGCUUCGCCUUGUAUCGAUCUGCGUUUGUUGGCUAGCAAUCUUGUAAAACUGGUUACUCGAGAGCAGGUAGACCUCAUUGUGCUAAUCGGUAUGGGCCGUGCUGUGCAGACUAAUUUAUACGCCCGGUUUUCCGUUGAUUGUCUAAAAGUGGCUGUAUUAAAAAAUGCUUGGCUGGCCAAUCGCCUGGGUGGCCAACUGUUUAAUGUAAUCUUCAGUUUUGAGCCAGCUCCCGAAUCCUCUGAGGUAAAUUUGACAAUAGCUAGUUCGUCUGUAGUCCUAAAUGGCCAGGAAAUGAUCGAGGAUGGCUGUGAUUCCUAA